GCAAAGACACGCAGGACGUGACAGCGACAAGUCCGGGAGGUAAAAAAAGAAGAACAGGCAAUUCACGUAAAAUAAAGAGAAAAACUGAAGAAUUCAUUAGCAAACAUGCUGGCAUUGAUAACCUUGCUGGGAACUAUAUUGUUUAUAAAUGUCAUCUGGAGCGAGGGGACGGAGGUUUUGGUUGCAUCCGGGUCUAUGGCGGUGUUGCCCUGUGUAGUCAGCUCCUCAGUUCAGACACCCUUGGCCGUGCAAUGGGUGAAGGCCAACAUAGCGCAGAGACCCGACCUUGGCUCGCCCCACAGCUUGGCGCCAAGCUCUGUGUGGAGGGUAGAUGCCAGCGGAAUGGAAUUCCGGGGAAUGGGAGUCGGCCAGAGGUCUGGGUGCCCCCACACUCAGUUUGGCAAGGGGGAGUUCAGCCUCCACAUAGAGGAAGUCGAGAAUGAGGAUGCAGGAACCUAUAUCUGCACCGUUAUGACAAAAGCUGUAACCAUCCAAAAACAAAUCUCUCUGCGGGUGAUUCAAGUGUCCUUCUCUUCACAUCAGCCACUCGAAGGCAGUAAUGUGAAAAUUGCUUGCGAUAUCUUCCCUUCUUCAUCGGGAGCUACAGUGAGCUGGAAGUUCAAUGGCACCCCUAUUACACCUAAAAGACCAAACCAAAUGUGGAGAGGUGCCAAGCAAGAGAUCAACCUUACAAGGGUUUCCGUGAAGAAUAUGGGAAACUGGACCUGUAUUGUCCAGUACAAAGGACAGGAGGGAAAGGCAACUCAAUCCCUUACUGUGAUGGGUAUCACCAGUCCUGCAAGUGACCUGACUGUCAUCUAUGCUGAAUUGGGCUCUCCUGUGCUAUUGCCCUGUGUUUAUUCAACCAGCCUGACCCCAGAGAACCCAAGUUGGACAAGAGUGUCUGACUCUGUAGGCCGUUUGAAGCCCCUUCCUCCCUCAUUCCACAUCACUCCACUCUCAUCCAAGACACCCUGGAACAGGUCGGCAUGGAUCGAGAGGGUGGAGAAGGAGGACGAGGGAAUCUACAAGUGUUUGGGUUCAGUGGAGAGGAACAGAAUGGAGAGACAGCUGUCGCUAGUGACAGUCCAAGUCUUAAAAACAAGUGGGGCAGGAAAUGGCGGCUCGAUGCUGACCUGCCAUGUCAGCAACACGACAGGCAUCACUAAGUAUGAGUGGGUAGCGGUGACGGACGAGACCAACAACACCCAAAAAGUGACACCUUUUCACUGGGAAAAGACAUUGAAGAUUGAAGAAAUGACAGGGAAUUCCAGAUAUUUAUGUCGAUAUUUUGGGGAGAAGGGAAUCCUGGGAAAUGCAACAUACCAUGCAUCUUUUAUGAGCGCUUUGGAGCAGACGCAGCAAUCAGGACCUCUGAGUGCUGGCAUGAUAGCGUUCCUUGUCAUGCUUCUCUUGAUGUUGCUGCUAGUUGUGAUACAGCUGUGCAAAAAUCAUCGAAGGCGGAAGAUGAUCCUUCCUUAUCCUGCCCUUGAAACCAUCGUUCACUCCUUUUACAACGCUCAAGAACGCAGCGAGCAGAACAGAGCAGACACCAAAGGGCAGAAUGACCAAAAUACUCUGUAGAUCAUGUCAAAAAUGACCAUUUUAUCUCCUGGACACAAAUCAAUCUUCCAGUCUAAUGAUACACAGAAUGUGUUUAGAAAGGAUUGGGUUCGAUUUAUCCAGCUCAUUGUUUUGUAAUGAUGUAAUACCACUACCACAGUGGAUGUCAGUAUUCAUUGCUGAGCAUUUUAUGUAAGCUAUUUUGUAAACAAAAUUUUUUUUAUGCAGGCAUAUGUAGCAAUAUUUCUCUUUUAUAAGUAUUUGAAUAAUUUUUCUUGUGUCAUG